GUCCCCGGAGCCGGAAGUGGGGGUGGCCGGGAUUGAAGCCGCCGCCGAGGCGGCAGUCUCUGCCGCUGCCGCCACCCGCGCGUAGCGCAUCACCCCGAGCCCACCGGCCGCAGGUGCCUCCUACGGCCCCAGGCGCCCCCGGGAGCCCUGAAGGGCGAAGCGGCAGGGACGCCUCUCUCAGGCGAAGAGGCGGCCUUGUCGCCCCGGAUGCGGCCGGAGAGCGCGAGCAUGGAGCUCGGCGGCGGCGAGGAGCGCCUGCCCGAGGAGAGCAGGAGGGAGCACUGGCAGUUGCUGGGUAAUUUGAAGACGACAGUGGAAGGCUUGGUAUCAGCCAACAGCCCCAACGUCUGGUCCAAGUGUGGUGGCUUGGAGCGGCUUUGCAGGGACAUGCAGAGCAUCCUCUAUCACGGGCUUAUCCAUGACCAGGUGUGCUGCCACCAGACUGAUUACUGGCAGUUUGUGAAAGACAUCCGGUGGCUCAGUCCCCACUCAGCCCUUCAUGUGGAGAAGUUCAUCAGCUUGCAUGAGAACAGCCAGAGCAGUGCUGCGGGUGUGAGUGAACACGCUGUUGCAGAGCUGUGGCUGCAGCACAGCUUGCAGUUCCACUGCCUGUCAGCCCAGCUCCGGCCCCUGCUCGGGGACAGGCAGUAUAUCAGAAAGUUCUACACAGAUACGGCUUUCCUGCUAAGUGAUGCUCAUGUCACGGCCAUGCUCCAGUGCCUGGAAGCAGUGGAACAGAACAACCCUCGCCUCCUGGCUCAGAUCGAUGUGUCCAUGUUUGCCAGAAAGCAUGAGAGCCCGCUCCUGGUGACGAAAAGCCAGAGCCUGACAGCCCUGCCCAGUCCCACACACACCCCUCCGACCAGCCACGCCCAGCACUCCUGCGCUGGGUCCUUCUCCAGCCUCCACCAGUCCAUGCCCAGCAAUGGCUCAGAAAGAAGAUCUACUUCCUUUUCACUCUCUGGCCCUCCGCGGAAACCUCAAGAAAGCAGAGGGCACAUCUCACCAGCAGAGGAUCAAACCAUCCAAGCCCCCCUGGUUUCCGCCUCUGCACUAGCCAGGGAUUCCCCCUUGACCCCAAAUGACAUGAGCUCCAGUACUCUGACCAACCCCACGGAGGCAUCCUGGGUCAGCAGCCAGAAUGAUUUUCCCAGUGAUGCCAGUGAGGGCCCUGAGUACCUGGCCAUUGGCAACUUGGACCCCCGAGGCCGGACAGCCAGCUGUCAGAGUCACAGCAGCAAUGCUGAGAGCAGCAGCUCCAAUUUGUUCUCCUCCAGCAGCUCCCAGAAGCCAGAUUCUGCUGCGUCUUCCUUAGGGGACCAGGAAGGAGGUGGGGAGAGCCAGCUGUCCAGUAUCCUCCGCAGGUCCAGCUUCUCAGAGGGGCAGACACUCGCCGUCACCAGUGGGGCGAAGAAGAGCCAUAUUCGCUCCCAUUCGGAUACCAGCAUCGCCUCCAGAGGAGCUCCAGGAGGCCCCAGGAAUAUCACCAUUAUAGUUGAAGAUCCCAUUGCAGAAUCCUGCAAUGAGAAGUCGAAGCCGAGAGGCUCCUUGCCCUACUCUGGUCAAAGCAGUGAAGUCGGCACACCCGGCUCUCUGUACGUGGAGUAUGAAGGCAGUCGGUACCUGUGCUCAGAAGGCAUGUUCCGACGACCAUCGGAAGGACAGUCCCUCAUCAGCUACCUCUCUGAACAAGACUUUGGCAGCUGUGCAGACCUGGAGAAGGAGAACGCCCACUUUAGCAUCUCAGAGUCCUUAAUUGCUGCCAUCGAGCUGAUGAAGUGCAACAUGAUGAGCCAGUGCCUAGAAGAGGAGGAAGUGGAAGAGGAGGACAGUGACAGAGAGAUCCAGGAACUGAAGCAGAAGAUCCGCCUUCGGCGCCAGCAAAUCCGCACCAAGAAUCUGCUCCCGGUGUACCAGGAGACUGAGCACGGAAGCUUUCGGGUGACCUCCAGCAGCUCCCAGCUCAGUUCACGUGAUUCGGCACAGCUCUCUGACUCUGGCUCUGCUGAGGAGGUUGAUGAAUUUGAAAUCCAAGAUGGUAGCGAAGGAUCUAACCUGACUCACAUGUCAGAGAACGGACUGUCAGUGUCAAUGGCCUCCAUGUUCUCAGACGCCGACAUCGGGAGGAACGCAGCCUCAAGCAGCAAACCCUUCAUUUCCUCCCAGUCCUUCUCCCACAGCUUCCUGCACUCCACCUCUGCUGAGGCGGUGGCCAUGGGGCUCCUGAAGCAGUUCGAGGGGAUGCAGCUUCCAGCUGCCUCGGAGCUGGAGUGGCUUGUCCCGGAGCAUGAUGCCCCUCAGAAGCUCCUGCCCAUCCCUGACUCACUGCCCAUCUCACCGGAUGACGGGCAGCAUGCCGACAUCUACAAGCUGCGCAUUCGUGUUCGCGGCAACUUGGAGUGGGCCCCACCCCGGCCUCAGAUAAUUUUUAAUGUUCAUCCAGCCCCAACGAGGAAGAUUGCUGUGGCCAAGCAGAAUUACCGCUGUGCAGGCUGUGGCAUCCGGACUGACCCUGAUUAUAUCAAGCGACUGCGGUACUGCGAGUACGUGGGCAGGUACUUCUGCCAGUGCUGCCACGAGAACGCGCAGAUGGCCGUCCCCAGCCGGGUGCUGCGCAAGUGGGACUUCAGCAAAUACUGCGUCAGCAACUUCUCCAAGGACCUGCUCGUCAAGAUCUGGAACGACCCUCUCUUCAACGUGCAGGACAUAAACAGUGCCCUCUACAGGAAGGCCAAGCCGCUCAACCAAGUCCGACUGCUGCGGGUCCAGCUGUAUCACAUGAAGAACAUGUUCAAGACAUGCCGACUGGCUAAAGAGCUUCUGGAUUCCUUUGAUACAGUUCCAGGCCAUCUGACAGAGGAUCUCCACCUGUACUCACUGAAUGACCUGACUGCAACCAGGAAGGGGGAGCUGGGGCCCCGGCUUGCUGAGCUCACCAGGGCGGGGGCCGCCCAUGUGGAGAGGUGCAUGCUCUGCCAAGCCAAGGGCUUCAUCUGUGAGUUCUGUCAGAAUGAGGAUGACAUCAUCUUUCCCUUUGAGCUGCACAAGUGCCGGACCUGUGAAGAGUGUAAAGCGUGUUACCAUAAAGUCUGCUUCAGGUCUGGAAGCUGUCCGCGGUGUGAGCGGCUGCAGGCCCGGCGGGAGUUGCUGGCCAAGCAGAGCCUGGAGUCCUACGUGUCGGACUAUGAGGAGGAGCCCGUGGAAGCACUGGCCGUGGAAGCCACCGUCCUGGAGGCCACCUGAAGAACGCACAUGAAGCCUCCGUCUGGGGCCAGGGUCAGACAUUUUGCAGAACUGAGCCACACUUUGAAGGACUUGCCCCACCUGGGGCUUUUUUUUUUUUUUUUAAUUAUCAUCGUCUUUUUUUUAAUGACUUGUGUGACAUCCGUGGGUGGUCAGCCUUUAGAAGGUUGAUGGGGUCCAGUCUGUGGUGACAGAUAUCUAAUUUGUAAGCACCAGGUGUUUUCAUGAGAACUGACAUGUGGGUCCUUAAGUGAAGCUUCUAGUGCCUCUGUCAGAGGAGCAGAAAGCAAGAGCCAGUUCUUCCAGCGUCUGUGACCUUGUCCACUAGGGCCAGACCAGGUUUUACCUGCAUGUCAAGUAUCAUUUCCAGGUUUCCUUUGAGUUCGGGAGCUUCUGAGCCAGCCCUUUCUCAAGCGCCUCUCCUUUGCUGCUGAAACGGGGAUGGAGUCUUCUCUCUCCCUGUCCUGGACGAGAGUCAGACUGUGCCCUGGGCAGAGAGUGGGACUACGUCAUGGGCAUUUUGUCUGCUAUUCGGGUAUUUUGGGGGCUAUAGAACAGAGUCCUAACUAUCCUAGACUCCUCAGAGACCUCAAAGAGGCAGCCGUGAAUGUUCCUCUGUUGUUGGCAUUUCCUGUUUGAAACCGUUGAGGCCUAGGUGAUGUGACAGACUGACUUUCUUCAUCUACCCUGCUGAGCCUGAAGCAAAGAACAGAGCUGCUUUGGCCAGGCCGAUUUGUCUUCGUAUGCCACAGGCGUAUGUGAGGCGACAGCCCUUGCUUCGGGAGCGCUGACUCAGCUAGAGGAGCUGUUGGCCCCUCUUCAGGGUUCAGGUCUCUCUUACUCACUGGCUCUUUGGUGCAGGUAUGAUCUUUGAGCUCAGGCGGGUCCCUGAUGCCACCCUAAGGUGAAGACAGAAGCCCCACCCACUGUCUUGUUCACGUGUCCCUGACGACUGUGUCCUUUGUUAGAUGGUCGUUGUGGUUCUGAGUAAAA